UUGCCAUCACCCCUUCACCAGCCCGCCAAGAUUUACCGGCCGUCGACAGUUAAUUGGAGUUCACCAUGACUACUGUCCGAGUUCUUCUUGCAGUUGCCCUGGUCAUCUCCCUGCUCGCCCUUGGCCAUCCCCUUGCUCAUGCCCGCCAUGUGAAGGACCUGUCGUCCAUGCCAACCGGUGAUUCCUCGUCUGAAAAGAAAGGAUUACAGCAAGGGAGUAACAUGAAGCUCGAUGCCGGGAAGACGAAGAAAGUUGAAAACGUCGGAGUGGAGGAGACACCUAAGGGAUAUGCUGAACCAAGCUUCGGCAACCGGGGGAGCCUUGGUGCUGAGUCUGAUAAGGUGGCCGUGCUUGCUCGCCGUGGAGAACCACCCAAGCCUCACCCGAAAAAACACAACUAAGGCACCGUCCGGAAUGGGUGAAAUUUUUUGGUGACCAUAUAUCAGCACUUAGCUCAAAGUUGAACUAACUACCGGUGACCCUACAAGCUUUGCAUCCAGUCCAGCAGUCCCUAAGUAUGUGUACAUAUAGUUAGCUAGCUAGCUUGCUUUUUAGUUGAUCUUGUUAUAUUUGUUAUCUGAUUUAGAGUAGUGGCAGUUCUCUUUCUUUCAUGUGCCCCUCUCUAGCUAGUUUCUGGGUGAAAUUUUGGCUAGGAAACGGAGAUCCGAGUAUCCGACUACUCCACUGAGCAUACUGUACUAUAGCUGCCUACUGUCAAA